UGUCUCGACAAUAUUUUCAGAAGACAAUCUUGAAGAGCAAAGAUUGUUCCUUUGUUGAUGAAUUGAGUGCAAGAGUGUUAUAUGAUGGCUACUGCAGCUGUUAUAGGACUCAACACCGGGAAAAGAUUGUUGAGUUCAUCGUUUUAUCACUCAGAUGUUACCGAGAAGUUUUUAUCUGUAAAUGAUCAUUGUUCAUCACAGUAUCAUAUUGCUUCAACGAAAAGCGGGAUAACUGCGAAAAAGGCGUCAUCAUCUAACUAUAGUCCGAGUUUUCCUUCAUCGAAUCGUCACACACAAUCUGCCAAGGCUUUGAAAGAGAGUGUAGAUGUUGCUUCUACUGAGAAGCCAUGGAUACAUAAUGGAACUGAUAAGGAAUUGGAAGAGGAAGGUUAUGAUGAUGAUCUAAUUGGUCAUUCUGUUGAGGCACUUUUACUGCUACAAAAGUCUAUGUUGGAGAAAAGUUGGAAUCUUUCGUUUGAGAAGGCGGCGUCAAGUGAGUCCUCGAGCAAGAGGACUAUCCGGAAGAAGAAGAUUCCGGUCAUCACCUGUUCAGGGAUUUCAGCUAGGCAAAGGAGGAUUGGUGCUAAGAAGAAAACUAAUAUGACUCAUGUUAAAGCAGUUUCAGAUGUUUCUAGUGGAAAGCAAGUCAGAGGUUAUGUGAAGGGUGUAAUAAGUGAAGAUGUGCUUAGUCACGCGGAAGUUGUGCGCUUGUCCAAGAAAAUCAAAUCUGGUCUUCGUCUUGAUGAUCAUAAGUCAAGAUUGAAGGAUAGAUUAGGCUGUGAGCCUUCUGAUGAACAGCUUGCAGUAUCCUUGAAGAUAUCUCGGGCCGAGCUUCAGGCGUGGUUGAUGGAAUGUCAUCUAGCUAGAGAGAAGUUGGCUAUGAGCAAUGUGCGUUUGGUUAUGUCUAUUGCUCAGCGAUACGAUAAUUUGGGAGCAGAAAUGUCUGAUCUUGUUCAGGGUGGUCUUAUCGGACUUUUGCGGGGAAUAGAGAAAUUUGAUUCUUCCAAAGGUUUCAGAAUUUCAACUUAUGUAUAUUGGUGGAUUCGACAGGGUGUCUCAAGAGCAUUAGUGGACAACUCAAGAACCUUGAGGUUACCUACUCACCUACAUGAAAGACUCGGUCUAAUCCGAAAUGCAAAGCUUAGACUUCAGGAGAAAGGAAUCACACCCUCUAUUGAUAGGAUUGCAGAGUCUCUAAACAUGUCGCAGAAGAAAGUUAGAAAUGCAACAGAGGCUGUAAGCAAAAUAUUUUCUCUAGACAGAGAUGCAUUUCCUUCUUUGAACGGUCUCCCUGGAGAAACUCAUCACAGUUACAUUGCGGAUAAUCGUUUGGAGAACAAUCCCUGGCACGGGUAUGAUGAUCUGGCACUCAAGGAGGAAGUAAGCAAGCUUAUAAGUGCAACACUCGGAGAACGGGAAAGGGAGAUCAUCCGAUUAUACUAUGGUCUAGACAAAGAAUGUCUCACAUGGGAAGACAUUAGCAAACGGAUAGGAUUAUCGAGAGAGAGGGUGAGACAGGUAGGGCUUGUGGCACUGGAGAAACUAAAACACGCAGCGAGGAAGAGAAAAAUGGAAGCAAUGAUCCUCAAGAAUUGAUUUUGUUUUUGUACAUUUUGAUUACAUCAGAGCCAUAGAGAGCGGUUGUGAAUGUGUAUAUAUACAGGAAACAAAGGGGGAAGAGUACU